AUGAGUUUCAUAUGGAGGAGCGUCUUAAACAAAUCACAGCUGUGUCACUCGACCAUCGCAGCAGCUCCUCCACCCUGUAGGCUGCUCCACAUAGGCCAGCGAGCCUCCCUCACUAAAGCCUUCUCCACCCAGGAUGUAGAGCUGUUCGCCACACUGACGGGUGACACCAACCCCCUCCACCUUGACCCGGCCUAUGCCAAGACCACCUCCUUCGAAGCGCCCAUCGUGCACGGCGUCCUCAUCAAUGGCCUGAUCUCGGCUGUGCUCGGCACCAGAAUGCCCGGUCAGGGCUGCGUCUUCCUGCACCAGGAGAUCCGCUUCCCAGCGCCUCUGUAUAUUGGCGAGGAGGUACUGGCCGAAGCCGAGGUCGUCAAGAUCAAGAUGUCGUUCGCCUUGAUUGCGGUGACAUGCUCCGUAAAGGACAAGGUGGUGAUGCAGGGGGAUGUGAUGGUGAUGAUGCCAGAGGAUCAGCAGAAGAGGGGUUGAGAUGAGGUCAGAGGUCACAGCAGGCUGACAGUGAACAGUUCAGAUGAUGGGACAAUGCC